AAACCCUUUUCUUCUCUUCCCUUCUCUUCUCUUCUCUCUCACUCACUUUCUCUCUCUAAAACCCCCCGCAAACCCUCUUUCUCUUUCUCUCUCUAGAAAUGGUGCCACUCGACCCCGCGGCCUGCCUCGUCGACGACCUCCGUAACUUCCUCUCCGACGUCGCCGACCACGACGCCCGCCCCGACGAUCCUUCCCGUCCGUUAGUCCCAACUGAGGAAGCAGAAGAAGAGCUGGAAUGGAUAUCGAACAAGGACGCAUUCCCGGCGGUGGAGACCUUCAUUCUGUCGGAGCAAGUCGGCGGCAUUGCGAUUGCGAAGCACCAGAGCCCGGUCUCGGUGCUGGAGACUAGCACAAACAGCAGCAGCGCCUCCCUCAUGAGCUCGUGUGGGGGGCUAAAGCCGCCCCACCGAGCACGAACCAAAGGCCGCCGGAGACGGAGCGAGAUUCCCCCGCAGCAGCUCUUUUGGAACCAGCCCCCCAUUGAGAGCAGCAAACCCAGCAGGAGUAGUGGCAGUGCCAGCAAGCUGGAUAUCGGGAGGAAAUGCCUGCAUUGCGGGACUGAUCAGACCCCGCAAUGGCGGGCGGGUCCUCAUGGACCCAAGACCUUGUGUAAUGCGUGUGGGGUGAGGUACAAGUCGGGGCGGCUUUGCCCCGAGUACCGCCCUGCGAGCAGCCCGAGUUUCUCGAGCCAGAUGCAUUCGAAUUCCCACAGGAAGGUGUUGGAGAUGAGGAAGCAUAAGUAUGGAGUCGGGAUGGUUGUGAAGCCUGAGGAUAAAGGUUAGGUUCUUUGUGUAAUAGUUCAUUUCGUUUUUUGCAUGUUUAGUUUUUACUGCUAAUUUUUAGUGUUAGUUUUAGGAGAUAGUUGGAUUGUUGUAGUGGUGGGGGGUUAGGGUUACUUAGAUUGUUAGAAGAAGUUCUUUGUUUUGUUGAAUAGAUCACAGCUAGGGGAAUUUUUGAAGUUAUUGUGUUUGGUUGUUAUGUAGACUUAACAGUAUCUUUGGGUUUUUGCCAAUUUUCAAAUCUUUUCUCUGUUGCUUGA